AUGGGUAAAAAAUAUAGCAUACCAGAUUAUACAAGGUUAUUACGUGUGGCAAAACGUGAUAGAGAGGAAAAAGUGCAAGAACUAAAAGAAAAUCAAAAGAUUAAAGAAAGAAAAUCACGCCAUCAUAUGCAUAAUAGAAACAGAAGAGAAAAGCAAAAGGACAAAUCCCAUGCACCAAAUCGCUCUUAUUCUAUCCGAGAUUCUCCGAGUUAUGAGCCUUACAUGGAAACUGAUUCAUCUUCAAGUACUUCUGAUGAUGAAGAUAAAGGAAAUAGCAUUGAAAGCAAUGACAACUUUGUUAUUGAAUUUGGCAGUUCCGACAAUAUAUUACAACAAAAUGAAACAACAUUAGAAAAAGGUGAUGAUGAUAAUUCAUCAUAUUCUACACAAAUAAAAAGAGGAUCUUCAUCAAUUACACGGAAAAAUGAAUUGUCGUCUAGAAGUCAAAACUCUACUGCCAGCACUAGUACUGCCUCAAAUAAUGAAAAGCCUCUUCUUAAAAGUCUUACGCCUGCAGAGAAAUUACGUUUGAAACUUCAAAUGGGUUUAAAUAAACAAAUCCAAGUAGAUGAAGAGAAAAAAUUACAAAAAGAACGUAAGCAAAAAAUGGAGUAUUUAGGAGGGGAAGAUCUUGAUUUCGAAUUUACAAACCUUGAAAGAAAAAGUUUGUCUAGAUCUCGUCAAACGCUGGAUCAUUAUAAUAAGUCUGAUAUAUCUAGGGAAAAUUCUACACCACGGUCAAAUAUUCCAGAAAAAGACGAUAUUCAUAUUCUUCGUCUUCAUCAAGCAAUCGAAGCAGAUCACGUCAAAGAUCAAGGUCUCGAGAUUUUGAAAGGAGAAAUCGAUCAUCUUAUAGAAGGCGCAAAUAUUCAUCGUCUGAAAGUGAUGGACGACAGUCUAGAUCAAUUUCAAGGUCUAGAUCUACUUGUUCAAGUACGCCAAGUUCCAGAUCAUCAAGAAGAAAUUCCGAUGAGCGCAAAACUUGUCAUUCCAAUCGAACGGAUUCUCGUACAGGUUAUCAAUUUCGUCAAAGGUCAGGCAAAAAAGCUGAUUUCUUUCGAAGUAUUCAGUGCUAAAAAAUUAGAUAAAUAUAUUUAUUUUUUUGAAUUAAUUAAUUUAAGUGACAAUAGCGGUAAAAGUAAAGGUGGUGAUGGUGUUAUUAAUUAUGAUAUUACUGAUAUUAAUAAAAACGAAGAUCCUAGUUGGACAUCGUUUGAAAAAUUACUACUUGUUCAAGCUGUUUACAAGUAUGGUGAAAAUUGGUUAGCAGUUACUCGUACAAUGAAACAUCAUCCUUUGAAAGAACAUCCUAAAGAAUUUUUUACCACAAAGGCUUGUACUGAUAAGUUUAAACUUUUGAUUGAACCUUUGCAACUUGAUUUAGAAGAUGCUCAUCGUAUGUCAGCCACAGCAAAAUUAGCUAAACAACUUUAUCAAGAUCAUGAACAACAACCAUCACCUAAUAAAGAUGCUGGUGCAAUUAUUGAUAAUGAAAAAACGAAAAUCGAUAACAAUAAUAAUAAUGACAAUCAUAUUACUGUUUCUACUUCAAAUACCAAUAGCACUAACUACAUCAAUAACAUUAAUAAUAAUAAUAUUCAAAAAGUUAAAGACAACAUUGAUAAUAUUAAAGAUGGUGAUGAAAAUAAUAUAAUUAAUAUUGUUGAUAAUAAUAAUGAUGAUUAUGAUGAUAAUAAUGUCAAUGACGAUAAUGUAGAAUCAAAACAUGACUUACAUAAAGAUGUAACAAAAUUAUUAGGUAAAAUAAAUAUUAAUGAUGAUAAGGAUAUGGAAAAGAUGGAAAUAGAUACUAACAUUGAUGCCAAUAAUAUUGCGAAUAAUAAUCCAGCUAAUACAAAUAUUCCGAUAAAUAUUAACAACAACAAUAAAGAUGACAGUAAUGAUGAUGAUGUUCAAAUGACAAUAGAAUUAAAACAAGGUGAACACUCUGAUAAAGUUAGCGGCAGCAAUGGUGGUGAUAGUGGUGGUGAUGUAAAUUAUGGCGAAAAAAUGGACAUUGACGACAAUAAUAAUAAUGGCAGAAAAGUUACUACUACUUCUAAUGUUAAAAAACAUGAAUCAUCAUCAAAUGUAUCAGAUCAAACGACAGAAAUAGUAACACCGUCUCAAAUUGAAUACAAUGAAUCUUCUUUAGUACCUGCUUUAGGUUUAGUAGCUGCUACUCCCACUGGUGAAGUUUCAUCAACGCCUGCUGGUGCUUCUACUUCAACACCUGGUGCUGCAUCAAUUUCCACUCCUGAUGUUAUAAAAACGCCACAUUCUAAUUCUAGUGAGGUAGCGCCUGGUGAUAUGUUUGAAAAUACUAAUGAUGAUAAUAAAAAGUUAAAGAAAUGGCUGAAACUUGUGUCUAUGAUAUUACAUGAGAUAAGCAAUCAUCGAUGUGCUAGUUUGUUUCAGAAUCCUAUAAGAGAACAGGAUGCGCCUGGUUAUAAUGAAAUAGUUAACCAUCCAACAGAUUUAAAAACAUUAAAAAGGCGUCUUCGUGAUGGAGAAAUAACAAAUACUGACCAAUUUCAUCGCGAACUAAUGUUAAUGUUUAUGAAUGCGGCAAUUUAUAAUCGUGAGGAUACUGAUGUUUAUCGAAUGACGACAAUGAUGAAAGAUCAUGUUGAAGAUCAAAUACUUGAGUUUAGACAGACUGAAGAUUCUAGAGGUGUUAUACAUGAACCAGCUACAAGGAGAAAGAGUAUGGCUUCAGAUGGUAGAUCACGUCAAUGA